AUGAUAGCUGGGGCAGAUGCAGACAAAGGCGAUUCGUCAACCAAUUCGGCUCAAGAACAUAAUCGGGACUUUGGCGUCUUUCCUAUACCUCACCAACUCCGUCAUGAUACGGCCCGACCUUUCGAAUUCAGUCUGCUUCUCAACAUUGUCUUUGCCGUUACUGGGACGUUCACCGGCGCCAACCUAUACUACUGUCAACCAAUCCUGAUUCAACUCGCUUCGGCAUAUCAAGUAGACUAUGAUCGGAUCGCAAAUGUGCCGACUCUCACGCAGGCCGGAUAUGCCGCGGGACUACUACUUGUUACUCCUCUUGGCGACAUGGUCAGACGAAGAGAGUUGCUGUUUGCUUUACUUUUCUGUGCUGGGAGUGUCACUCUGGGUCUGGCCUUGACACAGUCCCUCGUCGCCUUCGAAACAUUGUCUUUCAUUGCCGGACUCGUUGCUGUCACGCCCCAAAUCAUCAUGCCAUUGACCGUGGAUCUUGCCCCCGCUCAUAAACGGGGCACUGCGCUCUCUAUAGUAUUUGAAGGUCUGCUGUUGGGUAUUCUUGUUGCAAGAGUCCUGGGUGGUGUCAUCGCCCAAUUUUCGUACUGGCGUAAUAUCUAUUGGAUGUCCAUGGGGAUUCAUUAUAGUUUAUUACUGAUUCUUUAUUUCAUCCUGCCGGACGUGCCUGACAAGAAACUGGGUCUAUCGUACAUCCAAAUUUUGUACACGGUGUUAAAGUUCGCGGUGACCGAGCCAGUCCUGAUCCAGUCCGCCAUUAUCGGACUGUGCGUGAACGCGGUGUAUGCGAGCUUUUGGGUCACUCUGACGUUCUUACUUGGUGGUUCUCCUUAUUAUUACAGCACUCUUGACAUCGGUCUGUUUGGUCUCGUCGGGAUUCUCGGAGUUGCAACUGGGCCGCUCGUGGGGAAAAUUGUUGAUCGACUGAAUCCCUGGUUUGGGGUGCUGUUCGGCAUCCUUGGUCUUAUGCUCACGUUCGCAAUUGAUACGGCUGCAGCGACGAGAAGUAUAGGUGCAAUCGUUGUUGUUGCUUUCCUCAUUGAUGUUUUCGACUCAAUGCAGCAGGUCAGCAGUGCGACCCGCUAUUUUGCUAUCAAUGCAGACGCUCGCGCUCGUAUUAACGCCGUUUACAUCAUCGCCAUAUUUCUCGGGCAAUUCAUCGGUACUUCCGCGGGAACGCGAAUAUUCACUGCUCAUGGGAACUAUGCCAAUGGUGGUAUGAAUCUCGCCUGGGUCGGGUUAGCUCUGGUUGUCUUGCUGGCCCGAGGGCCGGUGGCGACGACCUGGCUUGGGUGGAGCGGACCGAAAGAAAGGUGGCUUCGAGAUCAAAAAUCUGAUCAGUCGGAUGGCAAAAGCUUGAAGGCACUCCAUGACGCCGAACCGCCGGAGCCCAUGGUCCCGAUCACCGUUGCCGAGCCAGAGAUCAAUACAGAGACUGUGUAA